UCUUCAGGUGGGUUUUUACUGUUUCGUCUGGGAAUAUCAAUGACAAAUGGCAGCGAUGUUGAUGCUUUAGUCUCGGGGGAUAACUUUAUUGGGAAGCUUCCUGACCAUCUCUUGAUAGAAAUUUUUGUCCGGGUCCCUGUCACAGAGUGGGCACAGAUAUCUUGUGUUAAAAAGCAUUGGGCAAACCUAUUCCGUGGGGAAUGUUUGUGGCAAGCUGCUCUUGUGAAGUCCUAUCCUUUGGCUAGCCAAGCAAAACGGUGGCCAGGUCCAAUUCCACGAGGGUUGAGCAGACGGAGAUUCGUGGCUUUGUAUAUAAGUAAACAGAUUUUUUCUCUCGAUGGAGAUAUGGAUGAAAUAGUGGGCCAUGCUUAUCUAUUUUUGAAAGAGCAGCUUGAACUUUCAACAAUGCCUCCUUCCGCGGUUCUUCAUGGAACAAUGAUUGAUCAGUUCAUAGCUUGUGGAAAGUCAAGAGACGUGGCAAAUGAGCUUGCUUCACAGAUUUGGAUUGCUGUUCUGGACAACUUGGAGGAAAAUGAACACACCUUUCUCUUGCUGAAACGUCUUGCCCAAGAAGCUGAUGUUUUUCUUCCAUACCCUUAUUCAAGAUCGAGCAAGAUCCAGUGGAGAGUGUUUGAGAAGCUGUUCACUGAUUUCCGCGAUUGCUUCAACCACGUGGACUACUACGACGUAUUGUCGUGCGCCAAGAACAGGUUCCAACCGAUCCCGUCGGCUUGGUUAGGUUAUUAGCCAUAUUUACUUACACUUAGAUGUACAGAACUAAAAGGCUCAUACCGGUUCUUGCUAUCUGAGGCGUGGAUAUGCAUAUGUAACUGUAACAUAUUGUAUAUUCCCUGUGAGCUAAACGUGAGAGCUCUUAGAAUCUGCCAGUGGCAGAUCGAUUUGAGGUAUGCUCAUCUCUGCACAAGACUCUGCAAUAAGCGUGAGCAUUUCAUUUGUAAUUGCAUCGGACUUUUUUUCGGUUU